UGUUCACGCGCGCGAGAGAGAGAAGUGAGGUAUCCGUGCGGCGAAAAUCGCAACAUGUUUCACAGAUCGCGUAUUCCGCGUCUGCUCCGACGCUCGUGUCAGCGUUAGGAUUACUCGGCGACCAGCUCUGAUUGCCCGACUCGUUGUCUGCGUCGCCCAGCCGACGCACGCUUACCCCUGCUGACGACAGAUGAGCUGACGUAUUGCGUCGCUAUAUAAAUAGACACGCAGAGUGAGAUAUAUACAGUGUUCUGGCGGCCGCCAGCGCAGAGGUGUGACAUUAGUAUGCACGCAUCGACGUGGCGGUAGAGCUGUCCGCACGCUCGCGCGCAUGCACGCACGCGUGCGCCAUGAGAGGAUACGUGACGUAGUGCGCGUGGCAUCGAGUGAAACUUUUCUCGUCAGCGGAAGCGAUUGAUGAAAGCUUCGCGGAGAACACUGUUGUUGUAGAGGAUGCGCUAAUAGCGCUGUGAGAGCUAUAUAAACAUAUUCACCGUCGGCACAUAUAUACGUAGCUAUACAGUGAUCGUCGUCAUACGCGCCCGCACGAGCACAAUCGCUUGGAUAUGACUGGACGUCAAGUAUACUCGAAACCCCAUCAUAUCAAGAAAACAUGACCAGCAGCACGAGGAUACUGUGGCUGCUGGUACUACUGUCUGCAGUCUUGGAACUGUGCGCCGAUCUUCUACCGGAAGCUAGUCGCGACGCCAUCAGCUCGCUCGUUGCCGACGAGCUGCACGCGCCGGAAGUGACGCAGGAAUAUCUCGACAACAUCGAGACACGCUUGCUGCAAAUGUUCGGCCUGAGCAGGCGACCUAGGCCUCGAUCGAAGGCCGCCAUACCGGAGUACAUACUGCAGUUGUACCAGGAGCAUCUGCGCAAUCCGGAGGAAGCCGGCAUGUUUCACAACACACGAGACGGAACGACCCACGCGUCGAACACGAUACGAAGCUUUUUCGCGGGAGGAGACGGCGAGGCAUCGCCUGACGGCAGGCUGUCGUUUGACGUCCUCAACAUACCGUGCGACGAGCAUCUAGCUGGCUCCGAGCUACGCGUUUACCGGCAGGCGCUGCCGGCCCACGCCGGCGAUACGCGCGUGCGCGUGAACGUUUACGAGACGGUGCAGCCGCCGCCACCGACGAGCGGGGCUGCCGACGACGACGACAUCAUCGAGAGACUCGUCGACACGCGGCUGAUCGACGUCAACGCCACCGGCUGGGAGUCGUUCGACGUGUCGCCGGCCGUGCGACAGUGGACGCACCGGCCGCGCGACAACCACGGCCUGCGGGUCGAGGUGACGAGCGCUCACGGACGUCGGCUCGACGCGGCGCACCCGCACCGCCAGCACGUGCGGUUACGCCGCUCGGCGUCCAGCGACGACGCGGCCGCGUGGCGGCGACACCAGCCGUUUCUCGUCGCCUUCACGGACGAUGGCCGACGCUCGUUCGGCGGGCGACGCGCGAAGCGGCAGACGGAGCGCGGUCGGCGACGCAACCGCCGGAAGGGCAGUCACAAGAACAACUGCCGCCGACACAACCUGUACGUAGACUUUCGCGACGUCGGCUGGGACGACUGGAUCGUCGCGCCGCCCGGCUACCAGGCGUUCUACUGCAAGGGCGACUGCCCGUUCCCGCUCGCCGACCACCUGAACUCCACCAACCACGCCAUCGUGCAGACGCUUGUGAACUCCGUGAGUCCGGCCGCCGUGCCGCGCGCCUGCUGCGUGCCGACAGACCUCAGCCCCAUCAGCAUGUUAUACCUCGACGAGCACGAGAAAGUCGUGCUGAAAAACUACCAGGACAUGGUCGUCGAGGGCUGCGGAUGUCGCUGAGGCGCGAAGCGACGCCAGCGCGCACGCUCACGGCUUCUAUGCACGUCGUCAGUAAGGUCCAGCUCCUCGGAGGACCUGAUUAGGGGUUGAGACUGCUUGUGGGGCUGUGACCUCGACGCCUAACGUGAUUAGUGAGACACGGGCUGUAUCUGACGAGGCACCAGACGUGAUACUCGGGAAACGUGUACCGCGCCGCGACUUACGAACGACGUUCAUUCAAAAAUUACCCUCUCCGCAGUUAAACUGGCGGCGGGCAGGUCGUCGUCGGUUAUCCUUGACUAUGUAGGUUAGCCGCGGAGACGACGACGGUGCACACGGCCCAGCUGACGCCAAGUGACACGAGAGAACGAGCCAACUACGUGGAAAGAUCGACGGUGAUUAGUGCAUAGAAUUUUUUAAAUCUGGCGCCCGCCCACCGUCUGCGUCUCCGGCCGAAACAACUGAUGUUCGUUUCAUUCAAGCGUCUCGUCGCCCGACUGGCGUCAGACGUGCAUCGGACGCUCGCAGUCGCUUUGUGUGAUGUCCUCUGUCCAGCCGACGUUAACGUAUUAGCUGAUAAUGCUAGAGGCGGUAAUAUGCACUCUCCCUGUAUGCUUGCGGCAGAUGGACUGUGUUGAGGACUAUCUUUAACAGUGACAGAAAGAGAGAAACAGAGAGGAGAUAUGGGGAAGGAGAGAGAGACAGAUCGACAGAUAGACAGAUAGGCAGACAGACAGAUAGGCAGACAGACAGAUAGACAUAGAGACAGACAGACAGGCGGUCAGACAGACAGACAGGCGGUCAGACAGACAGACAGACAGACACACAGACACAUAGACACACAGACACACAGACACACAGACACAUAGACACACAGACAGACAGACAGGCAGACAGAUUGAGAUACAGACAGACAGCAGACAGGUAGACAGGCAGAGUGAGUGCGAAAGAGUAGAUGUUAGAGGCAGAGGCAGAUAAUGGGAGUGAGUGACGGCCGGACGGCAAAAUUUUUUUCCCACUUGAGUUCCGGACCACAGCCAAUCAGCGCACUCCAUUCACUCGACUUCCUCGAAGCAACAAUGAAAAAUGAACGCCCUAUCCCUAACCCUAACCCUAACACGUACCCGAACCCUAACACUAACUAUAAUCCAACCAUAUAUAUAAGAACCAUUUAUUACAAAACACUAUCUAUGAUGGGUCCGGAACUCAAGUGAGAAAAAAAAUUUCGCGGUCGGGCGGGGGAAAUAGAGACGGGAUGCAAGGGCACUUGCAGCACAAAAAUAUAGUCAUAUUGCACGCUUUCUUUAGAGUCACAUUGCUAUGGAAUGACGGCCUUAGUAACAUCCUUCGACGAUCACAUCGAUGAAAUUCAAGGAUGAAUUUGAUUGUUUAACGCCAGUAUCAAUUCGCGCCCUUCUUCGCGAUCGCGUCUCUGCUCCCCACACCACACACCAGCUUUGCUCCGCCUGCAGUGAUAAUGAAGACGUGUCUAGACCCACUAGGUCUCUAGCGUAGGGGACAGCGCGUCAGAGUUUGUGUAUAUGUGAUUAAGCUGUCACGAGUAGGUUAUAACCGAAGGCAACGAUUUUUUUUGCGCGGCUGUGCAUGCACGUAGUCACAGAGAUAGAAUUCUGUAAGAUAAGGGCGGGUUAUGAGAAUAGUAAAGGCAACGACGACGACGACGACGACGACGACGAUGAUGACGACGACGACGACGAUGACGACGACGAAGACGAUGGUGACGACGACGAUGACGACGACGACCACGACCACGACGACGAUUAUGAUCAUGCUAAUGAUGAUGAUGUCACUGACGGUGACGAUAACGAUGAUGAAAAUAAUGACGUCACACGUAAUACAUAAGCGUGACUGUAUAUUUAUGAGCUGUCAGCUGUGCGUUCGCAUUACAGAUCACUUAUAGUUUAUGUAAUUAUAAAUAUUGAGUUACAGUUACUUAAAAACAUGUACAUAUUAUCGAUAUUAUAAUAUAAUAAUAAAAGUACAAGAUAACCUACACUGAUAUUCUGUUAUCUGAAGCGUUUCCUCUGUAUUUAUUGCGUAUGAGUUGUAAUAAUAAACUGAUGGCACACAUGUCUAUAUCAAUUUCACAAUUUGA